CAGCGUCGUGUCGGCCUAGCUCCUUUUCGCCGACGAGUCUUGCGCGCGCGCGUCGUCGCCCAUCAUCGCGCGUAACGUAAAUCUCGAAGAAACAAAAAAACCAACUAACCUGUACGCGAGCCGCAUCUGACUUGCCAGGCUCGUCCAAAGCCGAUAACCUCGUCCAUUUGGCGUUGCCGAUAAAUUGCAAGUCUCUCGGUAUGGAUCGCGCGACUGGCCCCUCGGAGCGCACCGGCCAGACUUGAAGUAGCUCGGCAGGCAUGGCGGAAUUCCUGUCGUUGUAUCGGAAAGAUUAUCGCUGGCCGCGCCUCAAGCCGCCGUUCGAGCGCACGGACUUGAGGUGCAAGCUCGCGGUGCCGAUGAGCGCGGAGGAGGCGGCGGCGUUACAGCUGAAAUGCGGGCCGCAGAGAUACGGCGACGUCAACGAAGAUGCCCCGAAGCUCGGCAAAAUCGGGCCGUGCCCCAAGACCGAGCGACUAGAGUACAGCGAGGAGGACGCUUGCUUGAAGAAGCUGCUAGAGGACAAUCCGAAUUUGUUGAGCGUGAUGCGCAAGAAACCGGUGACCGACGUUAUAAUGCAAUUCAAUAAGGAUAGAUUAACGAGCACUUAUCAAGCUGAUUUCGAUCGUAUCAAUGUUCGCCAAGAGUCUUUGAAUCCCCGUCUAGAAGACGAACCAGCAGCGGCGGAAUGGAGUCCCGACCUCUGCCCGCUGGACGACGCACCGCCAGCGGAGCCCGAGUGCAAGAGCAAACACGUAUCUCGCAAGCAACUGCUUCGAAUGGUUUACGGACCAGGCUAUUGCGCACCGGGACCACCGUGUACCAGACCGUACAUACCGAAGCGCAAAAAGCCGCAAUUCGACGACGCUUGUCAACCGCAGUACAAACGCAAGUGUAUCCCCAAGUGGACCAGCGAGUAUCGAGAAAUAAUAAGCAGCACCGGACUCGACAUCAUGAGAGACGUUAGGGUGAAAGCGAAAAAGAAAUGCAGAGCUAUGACCAAGAAUGCCGAUAGGAAGGAAUGCGAGAAACAAUAUUUACUGACCUUCGGAUAAUUAUUUUUGGCAUUUGUUAGAUGUAUCGCUGAAACAAAUCAA